GUUUCCCCCGGCGGCAUGUGAUGGACUGUGGCUAUUGUUCACGGCGAGCGAUUCAUUCCCAUCUCGGGGCACAGCACGUGUUUCACUCCCUCGGAGCUUUAAAACAAUGUAAUACGCGCGGGCCAACGUGAGAGAACUUUGAUUCAAAGUCCGCUGGAGAGAAGCGAACAGAAGCAGCGACUGCUCCUGCACCACCAGAAGGCACCGGAUGCCACCGUGAGGGAGGCCCGAGUACUGCGCGCAGUUACGCACAUGUGCCUUACAUGUCCCACGUGUUUGUGCGUCCACACAACGUCUGUCGGUGUGUCACGAGCGGUUGAACGCGUCCGUGACGCGCGUGAGCCGCGCGGCACCUGAUACAGUCGCUCCCUUCAAAGGCCGGUGGAUUUUUCGUCGCCUCGCGUGGCGUCCUGUUUCUCCUAGAUGUGCGCAUUCAUCCGGAGAACCGAUAUCUAUCAGCGAGGACAGUAAGAAUCACUCCAGAGCAACAUGCAACAGGUGCCCGCGGAGCGGAGGCUGCGUCGCCAUGUGCCCAGCCUGCCGGCCAUCAAGCCGGACAGGCUGAAGUCCGCUAAGGCGCUGGUGGAGAAAGCCGUCAAGCUGAGGAAGGUGUUCUCGGUGCAGGGGCCCUACCCCGUCAUCCGAGCUGCGCUGUGGUCGAGAGGCUGGGUGGAACGGCGUUCUCCGCAUCCGGAGCACAGAGCAGCUCACCGCCAUCGUGAUGACGACGAGGAGGAGGAUGGUGACGUCACUGCCGAUGUUCUCGAGCAAGUGGAUGAGCAGGAGAAAGAGGAGAACGCUGAUGACAUGUAUGACCUCAUGUCUCGCCUGGUUCGAAAUGAAACCACGUAUUUCCACUGGACCACGCGGCGGGACGACGUGGACUGCCGGUCCCUGCGGAGCGACCAGAUGACCAAUCACUACGCCAACGCCGGGACGCUGACGACCAAGGUGGGGCUCUGCGUGAACCUGCGGAACCUGCAGUGGUUUGACACGACGGAUCCCGAUAGCUUCUUCCCAAGAUGCUACAGGCUCGGGGCAGAGGAUGACAAGCACGCGUUCAUAGACGACUUCAGGAGGACAGCCUGCACCAGCCUCCUGCAGCACGUGGUCGAGGCGAGCGGAUCAGAGGCCGAGGACCGAAACGCAUCAAACAGCGUCUGUGGAGAGGCGCAUCACGCGAAGCAUCGCUCCGUUGGUUCCGAAGCGAUCGCCACCGCUUUAACGGCGUGCCAGGAGUUUCUCGGCGUCUUGGAGCACAGUGACAUCGACGUCGCCGUGGAAACGCCACCCUCCGUGAAGGAGCAGCAGUGGGCGGCGUUCCUGCGGGACUACUACAUGGUGGCGCACGAGGGAGCGUGGAUCCGGGGCGCAGGUCCCUUCGUGGAGCGCUGCCGCGUCAUGCUGACGAGGCUGCGGGAGGUUUGCCCUCAGCUGGACACGGACGGAUUGAGCAACAUCUGGAUCGUCAAGCCCGGCGCCAAGUCAAGGGGACGGGGUAUUUUGUGCAUGAACCGCCUGGAUGAGAUUUUAGCGCUGUCAGAGUCCGACCGAGCCCUGAACAGCGACAGCAGGUGGGUGGUUCAGAAGUACCUGGAGCGCCCCCUGCUGGUCCACGACACCAAGUUUGACCUCCGCCAGUGGUUCCUGGUCACCGACUGGAACCCUCUGACCGUGUGGUUCUACGGCGAGUGCUACCUGCGCUUCUCCACUCAGCCCUACUCCACCAGAACCCUGGACAGCGCGGUGCACCUGUGCAACAACUCCAUCCAGAAGCACCUCCAGCCGUCCCGCGACCGCCACCCGGCCGUGCCCGCGGACAACAUGUGGUCCGGCGCCCAGUUCCGGGCCUUCCUGCGGCGGCAGGGCCGCGAGGCGCGGUGGGAGUCGGCGGUGGUGCCGGGCAUGCGGCGGGCCGUGGUGUGCGCCCUGCAGACGGUCCAGGACCUGGUGGAGCCCCGCAAGGCCAGCUUCGAGCUCUACGGCGCCGACUUCAUGCUGGGCAGAGACCUGAGGCCGUGGCUGCUGGAGGUCAACGCCAGCCCGACCAUGGCCUGCUCCAGCGCCGCGACGGCCCGACUCUGCCCCGCCGUGCAGCGGGACACGCUGCGGGUGGUGCUGGAUCGACGGGCCGACCCCAGCGCCUACACGGGGGGCUUCCAUCUGAUCUACAGACAGGCGGCGGUGGACGUUCCUCAGUACGUGGGCGUGAACCUGCUGGUGGAGGGAGUCCACGUACGGCGCUGCCGACCCGCGCUCCGUCGCCACAGUGUUGCGUCGAAAGCCCCGAUCGGUUUCCCCUCGGAACAGUCCACAUCAGAGGAGGCUGAAACAGCGCAAAGGCCGUCGGGUCAGUCGGGUCAGUCGGGUCAGUCGGGUCAGUCGGGUCAGAAGCCCCGUGCGCUCGCGGCGCUUCGACAUUCGGGCAAAGAGAACCGAGAGGCGGGGGAGAACAAGAGGCAGCUCGCGUCACUGUCCCCGAAACGGGACGGCGCCCGCGGGGCCGGCCGCGGCCCGGCGCCGGACCAGCCGCUGGCGCUGCAGGCCGAGCCUCGGAGCAAAGCCCGGCGUUUAACCCCGACCCUCGGCGCCAACGGGGCGACGCUGAUCCCACAGAGCUUCUGCUUUUCCCUCAGCCCCCUUAAAAGCGUCCCGGACGCGGGCCGGGCCCGGUCCAAACCGGGCCGCCCCUCACACAUGUCCAGGCCUCUCCCGCCGCACGAGCAUCAGGCUUCAACCCGGGACCUGCCCUCUCUCGCCGGCCCCCUGCCGGCGCUGGAGGUCUUUCGCCUGCGGCCGAGCGUGGCGGCCGCUGCCCGUCGUGACCCGGCGCUCUCCCCUCGCUCCAGCCUCCACAGGCACCAGCUGCUGCUCUGUUCUGACAAACAGAGCGCGGCCAAACGCGGAGGAGACUUCACGGGCGAACACAGACACUAGGAGCCGGAGCAGCGUUGCCUUUCAUUAAAGCCAUGAGUCAAAUCCUCCUGAGUUUAUCUUUCCGAUGAUCUGAGCUUUUGGUUACGUAAAUUGUCGAUCAGGUGCCAAGCGAAAAUAUAUUUUCGAAAAUGUGUUGGAUUCUGGAUAAGUCCAUGUUAAACUCUUUAUCAGGCAAAGAGCAGUAUGUGUUUGAUGGUCAUAAAUUAACU